GUAGAAAGUGACGAAAAAGUUUAAAAGUGGACCAUCAGGAACGGACCUAAAUGACUGGAAAAUGAGGCGAUCAUGUGACAAAAUGAAGUUGUUUUCUUUCUGAAACACCAGUCUACAUCUACAUCUAUCCAGCUACCAAAAUGUUUGCUAGAUCAACUAUGCCUUCCUUAAGCAAACAGCCAGUCACAAUAGAGCCUGUGCUGUUUCUUCUAUUCCUGGUACAAGGUGGAUUGAAGACACUUCAGGGCAGAUAUAUAGAGCACAGACUGACGGAGAUCUAUAACUACACAGCACCAUUAAAUGAGAGUACUAUAUGCUCAAAUGAUAACGGGAAAGAUCCAACACAAAUCAAGAUUGAAGCUACAACAGAUACAUUGAUGACGUACUUGUGGUAUGAGGCAACACUUAUCCCAAUAGCUUCUGCUUUGUUCCUUACGACACUGAGUGAUUUCAUCGGUCGCAAACCGACGUUAAUCAUCAGCUCAGUUGGGUACAUCGCUGCUUCGUUAAUGACCUUCUUAGUUGUGUAUCUCAAGUUACCUCUAGCACUUCUUCUGGUACCUCAAGGUGUUCUUGGAGUUUGUGGAGGCAAGGCACUCCUCUUAAGUAUUAGUUUCUCUUAUAUUGCUGAUGUUACAAUCCAUGUACAGAACACCAGGAGCAUUGGGUUUGUACUCCUGGAUCUGAUGAGAUAUCUUGGAUUCGGUAUUGCCUUCAUUUCAAUUGAUGUCUUCCUCAAGGAGACCCAAGAUUACGUCUUAGCUUUCCUCCUUCUGUGCAUCCCAGCAUUCCUCUCCUUCAUCUACAUCAUCCUUCCAUGGCUCCUUCUUGAAUCCUGUCAACCUCGGCCGAUUCAAAGCAACAUCCUCGAGGAAAUAUUCUUGAGUGUCUUUUACCUCUUCAAACAAAAUGGAAAUGGGCGCCGGUUGAAAUUACUGCUUCUUCUAGUUUGUCUCUUUUUAUAUGUCAUUGUGAAUGAAGAGUUGUUGUCGGUCAUUGUUUCUUACGGGCAGAGGACACCAUUUUGCUGGACGCACAACGAUGUCAGGGUGUAUAGAGUAGUGGGUUACAUUACUCCUGCAAUAGCUUCAGUUAUUGUCGUCAAGCUUCUAUCCCCAUGGACUUCUGAUUCCUGGUUCGUUCGUAUUGGACUUUCUUCUGGUAUUGCUUUGCUGCUGUCAUCUGCUCUUGCCACUACUAAUUCAUCCCUUCUUUAUAUUGCACCAGUCCUGGGUUUGUUACGUAUUCUACCUUCAGCGAUAUUUCAGUCAGUGAUGUCAAAGAAUGUUACUUCAGCAGAACAGGGUACAUUGUUUGGAAGCAUAGCAGUUGUUAUCAGCAUUGCUCGCUUCUCUUCCCCCUUUUUGAUGAAUGGUAUAUUCCAACAUAUGGCUGAGAUUCACCAACUGUACAUCAUUUUCUACAUAGCCAUUGGGAUUCUGGUUAUACCAUUAGUUCUGAUGAGCAUCCUUGACAGACUGUCUGAGUGGCAUCCACAACCAGGCUAUCUACCACUUCAAGGUGAUGAUCAGAUGACACAUGAGGCUGGUACCAGACACGACCAGACUAUUGACACAUAACACUUGCAGUUUAUACCAUGCCUGAUGAGCAGAG